AGAUAUCUAUUGAGCAAGUUCCCAUACAACUAAAAUCUUGUACGACCCUGUUGACCCAAAAGCUACUGCAUAACAACCAUGACUCCAGCACCGCCUCUCAACCUCAAUGACCCCUCGCUCUUCGUAACUGAAGGCCUCGUUGCAGGCAAAUGGCGCCCAGGAGCUGAGGGCAAGACAUUUUCCGUGACAGAACCCUCAUCAGGCCAAGAGCUGGCCCGCUGUGCCGAUCUUGGCUUGCCUGACUUUAUCGAGGCUAUCGACGCCGCGCACAAAGGAUACAAGGAGUUCUCUGCCUCUACCACGGCAAAGGAGCGGGGCGUUCUACUCCGAAAAUGGAACGACCUCAUUCUUUCCAAUGUCGAUGAUCUGGCCCUCAUUCUAUCGUCGGAGAAUGGAAAGAUCUUGUCCGAAGCCAAAGGAGAGGUCCUCUAUGCCGCCUCUUUUGUUGCAUGGUUUGCGGAAGAAGCUACCCGCUCAUAUGGGGAUACAAUUCCUUCAUCUUUCCACAACUCUGUGGUUAUGACCUUCAAGGAACCCGUCGGUGUCUGCAGUCUGAUUACGCCAUGGAACUUCCCUGCCGCCAUGAUUACCCGCAAAGCCGCUCCUGCGCUUGCUGCCGGUUGUUCCGUUGUCAUCAAACCACCAAGCGAAACACCGUUCACUGCACUUGCCCUAGCAAAGCUAGCUCUGGACGCAGGGCUCCCAAGCCCGUGUAUCCAUGUUAUACCAACAAAGGACCGCAGUGCUGCCACUGAACUAGCUACAAACCCCAAGGUUUCUAAGCUUAGCUUUACCGGCUCUACGAAUGUCGGCAAGAUGCUUACCAAACUUGCUGCGGGAACGAUGAAGAAGGUCAGUAUGGAGUUGGGCGGCAACGCGCCACUCGUGGUGUUUGACAGCGCCGACCUUGACCUCGCCGUUGACGGUGCCAUGAUCUCCAAGUUCCGAGCCACAGGACAGACAUGCGUAUGUGCGAACCGGAUCUUUGUUCAGUCAGGCUUAGUCGACGAGUUUUCCAAGAGACUCGUCGACAAGGUCAAGAAGUUGAAGCUAGGCAAGGGCACCGCUGAGGGGACUACUCAGGGACCGUUGGUAAAUGCUGCAGCAGUCUCCAAAGUCGAUGAGCAUGUCCACGAUGCCCUUGGAAAAGGUGCCAAACUUCUUACUGGUGGAAAAUACCCCAUUGAUGCGAAGGGCUUCUUCUAUGAGCCUACAGUGCUCGUAGGAGCAACGAACGAGAUGAUGGUGGCCAGGGAUGAGACCUUUGGCCCCUUGGCUGCUAUCUUCCCCUUCGAUACAGAAGAGCAAGUCAUUGACCUUGCUAAUGAUACUGAGUUUGGACUUGCUGGAUAUUUCUUUAGUAAGGAUAUUGGGCAGAUUAUGCGUGUUGCACAGGCGCUGGAGUGUGGCAUGAUCGGAGUUAAUACGGGCUUGAUCAGUGCAGCCGAGUCACCCUUUGGAGGUAUCAAGGAAAGCGGUGUUGGUCGAGAGGGCAGCAAGUAUGGUUUGGCCGAGUUCCAGAACAUCAAGACCGUAACAAUUGGUAAUCUUAAUAAGUAGAAGUACAUGACCAAUACUAUGAUGAUCAAAUGUCGCUGUCAUACA